AUGAACACACAGGCUGCAGCAAUCGCCUCUGCAUCUCGGGCUUCCGAGACUCAUCAUCAAAGCCUUCUUCGUAACGUAAGAAACGCUGCCACUGUGAGGGCAAUAGAGACACUUGACCGUCAAUCCAGGGACGCUGCUGCAACAGCGAGCGCUUGGGCUGCUGAGACGCCGCUCUCGACCUAUCGAUCAUAUGACGCAUUGCAGUACCCUUUACUUUUCCCUUAUGGUGACGAUGGCUACCACUUCGGCAUUCCCCUUCAUACUCCGGGUGGCCAACCUACAACAUCUUCCAAAGCCUUAUCGUGCAAGGCCUUCUCCUCAUACCGUUUCAUGGUUAGGGAUGAAGACUUCAUCCUGCUUCAUAGAUGCAGGGAGCUUUUCCACCAGUUUGCGGUUGACAUGGCCGCUAAGAUGGAAUCGGAGAGGAUUUGUUUUAUAUGGAAUCAUCAGAAACAGCUGCGCUCAGACUCCUACGUACACUUACGCGACAGUCUUCGAAAUGAGGAAUCUAGGAACAGUAAAGUGUCUUUACUCUUCGAAUAUCGCUGCCAUACAAACUCUCUCUCUCGCUCUCUCUCUCUUGCUCUCUCUCUCCCUCUCUCUCGCUCUCUGUCUCACUCUCGCUCUCUCUCUCUCUCUCAUGUUUUCUUGCCAACUGACAAUGAUUAUGUAUGGUUGAUGGCAAAACUCUGGUACAACAAUGCCGAUGUUGCUUACCACCAGUCUGUCGUUCAUCUUGGUCUGACGCAUCUCCUGAUGGAAGGGGUUAUUCUGUCCAUGCACAGAAAUAUAUCUGUUUCCCAUCCGAUCUUUAAGCUUGCUCAUAAUUAUUUAUUAUCGGAUGGAGGAUGGGUUGACAAAACUAUGGCCAUUGGCGCCAAAGGGAUGUAUGAGUUGGUAGGUCGAUGCCAAAAAAAAUGGAGGUUUGAUUUACAGGGAACACCGCCAGCAGAAUUUAAAUCAAGAAAUGUUGAAGAUCCAAAAGUCCUUCCCAAUUACCAUUUCAGAGAUGAUUCAUUGCUCAUCUACGAUAUUAUCCGCACUUAUGUGACAAACUAUGUAAACCUUUACUAUGAUAAUGACAAUAUGUUAUUAGAUGACUGGGAAAUUCAAAACUGGGCACAAGAAUUGGCCAGAAAGAAAUCCGAAGGCGGGAUUGGCUUGGCAGGUGUCCCUGAAAGAGACGGCAAAGCAGGAUUUAAUAGCAUUGAUGAUUUAGUAAUAGUGCUAUCUUCUAUCUUGUACACGUGCAGCGCAGGCCAUGCCGCUGCUAACUUCCUGCAAUAUUCCGAAUACGCUUAUCCGCCCAAUUAUCCAUCACAGAUCCGAGGAGAAGUUAUCAAAGACAAGAAACCCAGGACAGAAAAAGAUGUUUUCCAGUCUCUCUCCGACCGAAAUGUCACCCUAAAUGUAAUGACGGUUACCUAUUUGCUCAGUGCAAAGACAACCAACUCAUUGGGUGACUUUGAGACUCAGUAUAUAUAUGAUCCAAAAGCACUGAAUGUUUUGGCCAAAUUUCAAGACGACCUCAAGGCAGCAUCUAUAAAGAUCACAGAAAGAAACAACUUGAGAUUUCCAUAUGAACUUACAUUUAAUUUUUUUCUGUUUUUCUCUGUCUAUCUAUCUAUCUAUCUAUCUAGCCUAAGUUCUUUUUCUAUCUAUCUAUCUAUCUAUCUAUCUAUCUAUCUAUCUAUGUGCCUGCCCUCUCCAACUCCCCGAGAGUCGCCUCUCAAACUUUGUCGUAUUAUAUUAUUGGGGGGGGGCUAUAUAUUUAUCUCCCUUUUCUUUCGCCUGUGCUCUCCUCUUCCUCCUCUUCUUUUCCACUCUUUCUCUCUCUAUUUUAAUUCUCUCACUCCUUCCUGUUUUCAUUUAUCAUUCACACCGUUCCUAAUUUUCUUCUGUCAUUCCUCCUUCCACUCUCUUUCACGUUCACGGUAUAUUGCCAAUUUGCUUUUCAAUCCAAUUCGGACUUUGACGAAUAAUCUUGUUUCCCGAGUUGUUGCAGAAUGGCUACAAACGACUGCACAAUCUUUGUGCAAACAGUUGGAUAAUUUCUUUCGGAACGAUUUCAAGUGCGGCGCUAUCGACGAAUUUAAAGUCAAACUACCUUCCAAUUUUGGCACGGUAUCCAUGAUAGAGUUCUGGCGGGAUAACGCCGGCAUUUCUGCUGAUUGGUACGUCGAAAUCAUCAAAGUUGAACAAAACCAACCGAAGACGACCAGCAUUUUCCCAGUCUUCCGGUGGAUCGAGGCUCAAAACAAAAACGGCCAGAAUCGUUACAGGAUAUAUGAACUAGAUACUUUCUUGCCGCAGUUCGAUCCCAACCAGGAGCAGCGAGAGAAGGAAAUCAAACGUAAACGAGAACAAUACGUUAUAAACUAUAUGAAAGAUAUGCCGGACAUGCCUGUUCUGGUGAAAGACUUGCCAAUUGAUGAGCAGUUUAGUGCUGAAUAUGUGAAAAACCUUCUUCUCAGUAAAUAUGAGCAUUUGUACCUAAACUUCAAGGCCAAAUUAUUGAUCCACGAAUGGGAUUCUUUUGACGACAUAGAUAAGAUUUAUGAUGACGAAAGAAAGAAACCUCUCGCAGCAGAUCACUGGAAUGAAGAUGUUUGGUUCGGUAACCAGCGUUUGGUAGGAUGCAACCCGGCUCUCAUUAAGCUGUGCACGGAGAUUCCUGAAAAAUUCGGCGUAAAUGAAGAAAUGAUGAAACCGGUUUUGAACGGCAAGACCCUCGCCAGUCUCAUGGAAAAGAAGCGACUGUUUCUAAUAGAUUUAACUAUUACAGAGGAUUUGAAGCAUAAGGAAAACUUUAAUAUAUGCGCCCCAAUGGCGUUGUUCAUGCUCGAUGACGAAGACCAGUUGAUGCCAAUUGCAAUCCAGCUGAAACAACAGAAAGGACCAGAAAAUCCGGUUUUCUUGCCAACUGACGAUUAUUAUGUAUGGUUGAUGGCAAAACUCUGGUACAACAAUGCCGAUGCUGCCUACCACCAAUCUGCCCUCCAUCUUGGUUGGACACAUCUCCUGAUGGAAGGGGUUAUUCUGGCCAUGCACAGAAAUAUAUCUGUUUCCCAUCCGAUCUUUAAGUUAAUGGCUCCACACACACUUUUCCUAAUGGCUAUCAAUUCGAGAGGUCUGAGUAAAUUAGUAUCGGAAGGAGGCUGGGUUGACGAAACGAUGGCCAUUGGCGUCAAAGGGGUGUAUGACUUGAUAGGGCGAUGCCAAAAAAUAUGGCGGUUUGAUUUACAGGGAACACCGCCAGCGGAAUUUAAAUCAAGAAAUGUUGAAGAUCCAAAAGUCCUUCCCAAUUACCAUUUCAGAGACGAUUCAUUGCUCAUCUACGAUAUUAUCCACACUUACGUGACAAACUAUGUACACAUUUACUAUGAUAAUGACAAUAUGUUAUUAGAUGACUGGGAAAUUCAAAACUGGGCAGAAGAAUUGCCAAAUUGA